AUGAGACUUAUUAGUUGGGCAAUUUUCCCUGUCGCUGCAUUUCUUGUCUUCGAUUAUCUUUUUUAUACUUGGUUGCCUAUCAAUUAUCAAUUUGAUAAACAAUUGCUUGCCGAAUUAUCCCAAGAAGUAAUCAACAACCAUCCAGAUGGUAAUGCUACUGCCAUCUUAAUCGAACUCGCUCCUAAAUUAAAAAACGCAUACCCUCACUUAAUCAAUGAUUUCAAUUUUGAAGAUUGGGUCUAUAAUAAUGCCGGUGGAGCCAUGGGAUCAAUGUUUAUUCUUCAUGCUUCAAUCUCAGAAUACUUGAUCUUCUUCGGCACUGCCGUGGGGACUGAAGGUCAUACUGGUGUUCAUUUCGCUGAUGAUUAUUUCACAAUCUUAACUGGUGAACAAUCAGCUGCUUAUCCAGGUGCAUUAACUCCAGAAAUCUAUUAUCCUGGUGAUCAACAUCAUUUACCAAAGGGUAAAUAUAAACAAUACGCUAUGCCUAGAGGAUCAUUUGCAUUGGAAUUGGCUCAAGGUUGGAUUCCUGCCAUGUUACCAUUCGGAUUCUUAGAUACUUUAACUUCAACUUUAGAUUUCCAAACUUUUGGUAGAACUGCAUAUUUUACUGGUAAAGAUAUGAUUAGAAAUCUCUUAAACGGUAAGUUUUAG